AUGACCAAGCAUUUGCUCGUCCUGUCGACUGGUCAACACGUUGGUAAGACAACGCUUAGUCUUGGACUUGUUAAGAGUCUACAGGCUAAAUUUCAGGGUUCUAACAAACAAGUGGCCUACUGCAAGCCCGUGGGACAGCAGCACGUGGCGGUAAAUGGUGGCAUUCGAGUAGACAAGGACGCCUUUUUGUUUAGAGAGCAUUUUGGACUUAUUCAGGACUACAAGGACAUGUCUCCCGUCAUCUUUCCCAAUGGCUUCACGCGGGAUUUUAUCGAUGGCAAAGUGACAUCACAACAGCUCUUGGAUUCAAUCAAAGUAGCACAUCAAAACUUGUACGAGCAAAGUGAUUUUCUUGUUUGUGAAGGAACGGGACACACUGGAGUUGGUUCCAUUUGUGAACUCAAUAAUGCACAAGUCGCAGCGGAGCUUGGAAUUGAUGCAGUUUGUGUGGCACUGGGAGGACUAGGCUCAUCCUUUGACCAGUUAGCAUUGAAUUGGGAAAUGUUGAAGCAGAACAAUGUUCGGCUACGAGGUGUAAUCCUAAACAAGGUUAAUCCGAACAAGAUGGACAUGAUUAAGGACUAUUACUCACGAGCACUCAAGCGCUGGGGUGUGCCGCUUGUCGGCUGUAUUCCCGACCUCAACGACUUGUCAUGCCCAACUAUGGCGGACUACUCAAAACUUCUCAAGUCCGAAAUCAUUUCCGGAAAAGACGCUAGCCUGCGCUAUUUCAGCAGCACACGACUAGCACUGGCUCCUGUGGAUGACACGAACCUUUUCAAGGCCAUCCCGAGCCAACUCGUAAUCACGCACAGUGGCCGCAAGGAUGUAAUUGAUGCAAUCAUUGGUAACCAGGAAGAAUCUUCUUCUCACGGCAAAAACUUAAAGUCGGGCCUCAUUCUUACCGGUUGGAAUCCGCCAAGUUCUGAACUCGCACAGCGUCUUGACGCGGACAAUAUCCCGUGCAUCUACGUUUCACCGGACAAGGCAGACAGCUACACGAUCACGGCACAAAUUUCACAAUUCACGGCCAAAAUUCGACGUGACGAUGUUGAUCGGAUAGAAUUGGCAGCAGAUCACGUCUCCAAACACUGUAAUUUCAACUUUCUAGACGGAUAG